AUGAGCGUGCCGUUCAUUACGCAGUUACAGCGGAUUACCGACCGCCUAUCCUUACCUCUCCGGUACCCCGGACGGGAGGACGUCAAGCGCCAUUGGAUUAGUUAUUGGUUAAGCCUCGACGACAGUGCUCAGCUUCUCCGAUGUGCUUGGACUGAGCACAAGAGGUAA